CGCAGAGGCGGCAGAAGAGUGCGUUUAUUCCCACACCGUUAUUGACAGCUGGCGUCAGUGACAAGCAAAGACUGAACACUUUCGGUUAAUAUUCACAUUUAAACUUUGGACUGUCUUCUUUAUCCUUCGCAUUUAUUUUUUCGACUUCAGCUGAAGGGAUUGGACGCAUAGUCUCCUAAGGGCGCAAGGACGCAUCUAUCACGGGGAUGUCUCACCCCGCGUCAAUGCAGUACAAGAGACGCAGGUUCGCAUUGGUGAUUUCGUUGCUUGUGGAUGUAUAUUUGAUGUCUGGGUCAAGAUAUCCCUCCUAAAUAAUAACCAGCAGCCCGAGUCCCGGUGACUCAGUGCAUGAGCUGAGGAGAGUCCCUGCAUCCUAAUCAGAGGUGCUGUUGCUGCUGCUGCCUCAUUGACAUUACAAGCGCACUUUUGGGGAGCACUUUAUUUUCCCAUAUAGUCCAUUUGGAGUUUUUCCGCGCUUUGGAACGGUGGCGCGAAGGAUGUAAUCCGUCUUUGGUGAUGCUUGUCUUAGUACUUACUAGAAGGCUACAGGCGAAGAGGCUCGGAAAGGCUAUUUCUUUGUGGAAACCGGAUUGUGAUUAUGCCUCCAAUGCGCCUGGGCGUUCAGCAGAAUAUAAAUUAGCUCUACAGCCUUGCCGUUUGUUGUAAAAACUCAGGAUCAAGGGAGCACUGCCUCAGAAGAAAAGAAAAGAGCAUUGAAAGGAAAAGCCCACAGAAUGACUGUACACGUCUCUUAUCAUGAAUCGCCAUGUGUGCUCAGUAAUUGAAGGUAUAAAUCUUAAUAUUGCCGGGAAGAUCAACAGGUCGGAGGCGUGAUACGCAUCAGCAACCAGAGGCACCUCUCACUGAAAGGGAUGCAUCUUUCUGUUUUCCUUUUCCUACUUUUCUGGGCGCAAGCCCUGACAUUGAAAAACUUGAACUACUCCAUACCCGAGGAGAAAAUUCAGGGCGUCAUUGGAAACAUCGCCAAGGAUGCAGAGUUGGAAUUGGGGGAGCAGGGGAAAAAAUCCAACUUCAGGGUGUUGGAGAACUCCGCCCCGCAUCUUAUAGAUGUGGAUCCUGAAAGCGGGCUGCUAUACACUAAACAGCGGAUCGACAGGGAAUCACUGUGUAGACAAAACACCAAGUGCCAGCUCUCCAUGGAAGUGUUCGCCAACGACAAGGAGAUCUGCAUGAUUAAAGUUGAGAUACAGGACAUAAACGAUAAUGCGCCGAGCUUUCCCUCUGAACAGAUCGAUAUCGACAUCUCUGAGAACGCAGCCCCGGGCACGCGUUACCCCUUGGCCGCCGCCUUCGACCCAGAUACGAGGGAAAACGGCUUGAAAACGUAUCAGAUCACACGGGACGAUUACAGUAUAUUUUCUUUGGAUGUAAAAUCCAGAGGGGAUGGAACGAAAUUCCCAGAAUUGGUCGUCCAGAGAUCCUUAGACCGAGAGGAGCGCAGCCAUCACACUUUAAUUAUAACGGCCACAGAUGGAGGGGAAUAUCCUAAAUCAGGCACAAUGCAAAUCAAUGUGAAAGUCACUGAUUCCAAUGACAAUAGCCCAGUGUUCGAGCAGCCCUCAUAUGUCGUGGAGGUCCCUGAGAAUUCGUCCCCAGGCAUGGUAUUGAUAGAUUUAAAUGCCACAGAUUCCGAUGAAGGGAUUAAUGGGCAGGUUACUUAUUCUUUUAGCUGUUACGUCCCAGAAAAUAUCAAAGAGCUGUUCUCAAUAGACUCCCGAACGGGGGUCAUAAAGAUUCAGGGUAAAAUCGACUUUGAGGAGUACCCAAUUAUAGAGAUUGAUGUUCAGGCGAAAGAUCAAGGCCCCAACCCAAUUCCUGGCCAUUGUAAAGUCACCGUUAAAGUGCUCGACAAGAAUGACAACUGGCCGUCGAUAGGAUUCGUGGCGGUGCGUCAGGGGGCGGUCAGUGAAGCGGCGACUCCAGGGACUGUGAUCGCUCUCGUGAGAGUCACGGACAAGGACUCGGGUCGCAAUGGGCAGCUUCAGUGUAGAAUCUUGGGGAACGUCCCCUUCAAGUUGGAGGAGAAUUACGAUAACUUCUACACUGUGGUGACCGACAGGCCACUGGAUAGAGAGGUAAAAGAUGAGUAUAACAUCACCAUUGUGGCCAAAGACAAUGGCAACCCGCCACUGAACUCAACCAAGUCUUUCUCUGUUAAGAUUUUAGAUGAAAAUGAUAAUCCACCUCGCUUCACAAAAAUGGUGUACCUUCUUCAGGUGCCCGAAAACAACAUCCCAGGGGAAUAUCUGGGCUCUGUUCUGGCCCAUGACCCUGAUUUGGGCCUAAAUGGUACUGUGUCCUAUACCCUCCUUCCUUCUAACGUCAGUGAGGAGUCUAUCACCACAUAUGUAAACAUCAAACCCACUGAUGGUGCAAUUUAUGCCCUGAGGAGUUUCAACUAUGAGCAAACCAAGUACUUUGACUUUAAAGUCCAGGCCAAGGAUUCGGGUAAUCCUCACCUGGAGAGCAACACCACAGUCCGCGUGAGUGUGCUGGAUGUUAAUGACAACAUUCCCGUCAUUGUGCUUCCAUUACUCCAGAACGAUACUGCCGAGAUCCACGUUCCCCGGAAUGUGGGGGUCGGUCAUAUUAUCACCACGGUCAGAGCGGUGGACAACGACUUUGGCGAGAGCGGUCGCCUCACCUACGAGAUCUCGGAUGGGAACGAGGAACACCUGUUUGAGAUCGAUUCGGUGACGGGUGAGGUGCGGACAGCCCAGCCACUGUGGGAGGAAGUAUCACCUGUUGUGGAACUCAUCAUCAAGGUGACUGACCACGGAAAGCCGACUCUGUCCGCCAUGGCCAAGCUCAUCGUCAAAGCCUACUCCGGACCCUUGCCUGAGGGUGAACCGCACAUCAACGCCGAACACCACAACUGGGACAUUUCGCUCCCGUUGAUAGUGACCCUCAGUAUCAUCUCCAUCAUGCUCUUAGCGGCCAUGAUCACCAUCGCAGUCAAGUGCAAACGGGAGAACAAGGAGAUCCGCACGUACAACUGUCGCAUCGCUGAGUACACCCACCCGCAACUGGGCAAAAGCAAGAAGAAGAAGAUCAAUAAGAACGACAUCAUGCUGGUGCAAAGCGAAGUGGAAGAACGGGACACCAUGAACGUGAUGAAUGUCGUCAGCAGCCCGUCGCUGGCCACCUCACCCAUGUACUUCGACUACCAAACACGUCUACCCCUCAGCUCACCGAGAUCAGAGGUCAUGUACCUCAAACCGACCGUCAACAACCUCAGCGUUCCUCAAGGGCAUGUUGGCUGUCACACCAGCUUCACAGGACCCGUUACGAACACCACGGAGACGCCAGUGAACAGGAUGUCAAUAAUUCAGACAGACAGUUUUCCUGUUGAGCCCAAUUACAUGGGAAACAGGCAGCAGUUUGUUCAAAGCAGCUCCACUUUCAAAGAUCCAGAGCGAGCCAGUCUCAGAGACAGCGGGCACGGAGACAGCGACCAGGCGGACAGCGAUCAGGACACUAAUAAAGGCUCCUGCUGUGACAUGUCCGCUAAGGAGGCGCUCAAGAUGAAGGCCACGGGCCUCAAGCCUCAACCACUCGAGCAGGAGGAGGAUUGUGUGAAUUGCACGGACGAGUGUCGAGUGCUGGGUCACUCAGACCGUUGCUGGAUGCCCCAGUUUCCUCCAGCUGGGACUGGAGGAGCAGGAACUCCCCAAGCCGAGGGCUCAGACUAUCGCACCAAUCUCUUCGUCCCGGCCGGCAUGGAAGCGGUCGCCGUUGAGACCGAGAGUUACGAAACGGUGUGCAACCCCAACGGCAAAAAAACGUUCUGCACGUUCGGGAAGGAGCGUCGGGACCACACCAUCCUGGUGGCGAAUGUUAAACCUUACCUAAAGAUCAAACGUGCACUCAGCCCUCUGUUGCAAGAGGUCCCCUCGGCCUCGUGUAGUCCCACCAAGGGGUGUAAUACAGGCUCGCCCUGUUCUUCGGCCAAAGGUGUGGGUGAUGGAGCAGAGGGAAAGCCUAGCACCAGCCAUUACGGACCUCCAGACGGACAGUACGUCUCCCCCAACAAGCAGAACAAAGAGCAGGGCUACUCCACCCUGCAUCCGUCCGACCCGGUGGCCAAAGUCCUGGCUGAGGCUCGUUCGCGGAUCAGCCAGGAGACGGCGGUGGAAAUGGACUGUGUCUUGGAGCAUGGGGGAGGAGAGAUGGGUCGUGGCACCAUGGACGCAGACCAGGUGGUCAGAGACAUCGACAAACUGCUGCAGGAUUGUCGGGGAAACGAGAACAAUCCCAUCAGAAAGUGAAACGUUCCUACUCUCACUUGGAAUGAACAAAAAAACAUCGAGAAAUGGGCACUCUCUAAGAGAGUGCGGGCACAGAUGGGACAAAACAUUCAUACUUGGACAUUUUGACACAAGAGCAAAUAAAACUGCUGAAAACCCGUGAGGGAAUUCUUUAGGAGUUGCUCUUUAUGGCUUCAAGCAGGCUUUUCUUCUUCUUCAAGUGCCCACCAGCUUCAAACUUGUUCCUAUAGUGACGUCUUUUUGUCACUGAAUCGGAGACGGAGCGUACCGCCCCUCUCGGCCAGGGACUUUUGGAGGGGUGGAUAACAAUGGUGUGUUCUGACAAUCGCAGUCAAGAGGGUGGGGUGCGUCGAACACCCCAAAACGAUCAGAGACACUUUCUCUUGAACUUUUAAUGGCUUUGUAAUAUCAGCAUAAGAAGUGCAAAUGGUAUCAACACUAAAGGGGGGGGGGGGUUGCGGGGUUGAUUAUGAAAUGUAACCAUUCUUCACCUCUCAUUUCUAGUCAUGUGUAAAAUGUGUCCUCCCACAUGUCCUACGUACAUAUUGAACAUUCCAGAACGGUGAACCUGUUACUCUCACUUAUUGGUCCUUUGUGUGAUCCCGUCAACUACUUUUAAAGUGACUCUCCACGUGUCCGACGUUAUGUUAUAACAGUCACUCUCUCUCUCUCUCUCUCUCUUGUAUAUUAGGGACAUUUUUCCUCAAAUGUGAAAAGAUAUAUCUAUAUCUACAUAUAGAUACAUAUAUAUAAAUAUACGAACUUGUGUAUAAUGUUCAGAUACUGUAACAAUGAAAAUAUUUAUACAUUUUGUAAAAAAAAAAAAAUGGUGCACAGGAUGAAAAUGCAGUUUAAGGUAUUUAUUAAAUUGCAAACGUUUCGAUUUCAAAAACACAAAACAUGAACAAAAAAAAAAAAAAGGAAAUGUCCCUUCACAUUGUCACUUAUACACAAAAUCAUUUAAUGUGCAAAAUGUAUUCAAUUUAAUGUGUUUACAUCAAAACGACAUAUAUUUUUUAUUGAUUUUUUCUGUGCAUUUGAGCCAAAUUGUUACGUGUACAAGAGCUAUAUUGUGUAUUUUAUUAAAUUAAUAUAUGGUUGUGUUGUAAUAUACAUGGGCUAAUAUUGUACUUCGCAACUGAUGCCUUAGUAGUCGUCAAACUCGGAGUUUAAUUUCCAUUCUGUUAAUACACGGUUCUCUCUCAUGUGCUUUCUGCUUGGAGCUGAUCAACUCGCUGCUGUACGAUCGGACAGGCUAUGUUUUAGGAAUACAAAAGGCGACUAGCUGAGCCACUUGUUUUUGUCUAAAAGAAGCAAACCUCUACAAGAGCCACACACGACUACAGUACAACAAAUCCAACUCAACCGGGCAGCUACUGUCAUUUUGAAUUGCAAUGAUUUCCAUUGUUUGGCUUCAUUCAGUUCUUGUUUUCCAAACAUCUCUUUUGAUAUUUCUAAACCUGUCGCUCAGCAACGAGUCCUUUGUGAAAGUUUAGUGGUAUUGCCUAUCGUCGCUUUAAGGGCGUUUGUAUUGUAGUGCACUUGACUGCAGAGGGAAGAAGAAUGUGCCCCCCCGAGAGGAGGUCUUGUACUAUAUCAUGUUUCAACCAAUCAGAAUUCAUCCAUUCUCGAUCUAUUUUAUUUCCCUGUUGUCUUUUGUCUCAAUGCAUAAAACAAAAGAUCCUUUUUACACUUUGGUUGUGACAUUGUUUUCACCUUUUUGUGCACUUUCCUCACUUCGUGUGAAUAUAGUCAAACUAUUCCCAUGCACAGCAAUUUAAUCAAAAGAUGCUCUGAAUAUACGGUGUUAUGUUUCCAAACUUUUGCCACAUUGUGACCAAAAUGAGCAACCACGUGUGCAUGCUUAAAGAACAGUAAGAAACCAAAGGGGAAGGAAAGCGUUUCACGACCGGCUAUUCCUGUCAUCAGAAAGCUUUGCCCGUGGAUGUUGUGUGCCCGGGUCGCCCUGUACAGCUAGAGAGAAACAAACUCCUCUCAUCUAUCGUAACGACACAAUCACGUCUGUUGCGUUGUUUGUUUAUUUAUUUAUUUAUUCAUUGUUGUAUCUGGUACUCCAAGACUCUAUCUGGUGUUUGCAUCUUUAUUUCCUAUAUCAGUACCUGGGUUAGAGAUUACAAAAAGGAGGGGAUGUUGCGAGGAGCGUUGUGUUCAUAUCUAAAUGAGGUUUUAUGUUAUUUCAUUUUUUUUUCUCCCCAUUGACAAGUUUGACAUUCCGACACACUCGACACAACUGCUACUUGAAAUAACAAUACACAGCGCCGCGGUUGGCGCCUCAGAUCUCGCCGUGGUGUCUGACACGAUUGCUUUUUAUUUCCUACAGAGACGAUUCUCCGUCAUCAGCGCACUGCCACGAUUCAGUCUGUUUCAUUUACACGAACAGCACCUUCAAAAGACAUCAAGGUUCUUAAGAGCGCUUUAACCCAAAGCCAGACAGUUGGAAAUAACUCUGCGUUUCCUCCGCCUCACUUUGUUUUUAGUUCCCUUAUACUUUUCCAGUCCAAGUUUGUUCAUUUAUUUGCCUGUGAAUGUGUGCCGAUCACCAGUGGAUGCCUUUAUGUUUGUGUGUGCUUGAGAGAGCUAGUUUGAGUGACUAAAACAUUAUGUUUUGACCCAAAAUUCCUAUCAUUGCACUGUGUGUGUCAUCACUGCCUGUGCUCGGAAUACUACCAAACUAUUACUAAUUCUGCUAAAUACAGCACAUGCCCAGUGUGCACAUGGAAUACCCGCGAUGACCUGCUAAAUUGCGCAAUAUAACACACUGUAUCCUAACAGUGAUGCUGAAUAAACCGGAAUACUUUCAAACAUGAUUUUUAAAAUAGCGUUGUCGAUUUAACGCAUGUGAUUAAUUAUAGAACAUAACCGAUGCAAUUACAAGAGAUACCCGCGGUACCAAUAUUUUGAGGUGAAAUCGUCCGCAUGUGUCUCUUGAGUUUACGGGAUCAUAUCAUAAACAGCCUGUGCAAGUGAGUCUCGACACGGUGUUCAAGCAGCCUCUCGCUGCAAGCUCAGACGGAGCUAAAGCGGCAACAAACGCCAUCGGUGUAUUAAUCGUGCCUCCUGACCCGUACGUAUAUUUCAUAACAAUAGUAGUUUCCUACCAUCGGAGCAAUUCAAGCUUUAAUUACGUGAACAUUUUAAAGAGCCACAUCACAUCAAGAGCAGUCAGUGUUUCUCGCAAACUACUACUAAUGUCCUAAAAACUGAUAUAUCGAUUUUACCGAUUAUUCGGCACCGAUAGUUGCUUUUUCAUUCUAUCAGUUAUCGACCGAUAGUUUUUCAUAAUUUCAAAAUAAGAGUCCCCUAUGUGUUUUAAGCUUGUUUAUACUUAAAAGUAUAAACCCGCAUUAUGCACCAAAUCUUCGUUUCUUCUGGUUAUAAUUGGGAUUUUGGUUGAACAAAUUAACUGCAUCUGGGAUUUUAUUCAUUUUGGACUCUUUGUCUGUGCCCGCCAUAGUAUUGAGAGAAAAGACGGUUAAUUAAUCAGUUAUCGGCCUUUCCCGCCAGCUUCGUUAUCGGCAAAAUCCACUAAAAACGCAGCGUUUAUAACGUUAGAAACAUGUUAGAUUCUCCAGAAGCGUCCGUUUGACUAAUAUGUACAUAUGCCAAAAAUAAAAUAAAAUAAUAGCGUAGAUAGAACGCAAGAACGUGUCAUGUGGCGACAAAACAGACUGACAAGUUCAACCGCAACAUGGACUAUGUAUUGUUUAUAUUAAAUUAUCUUUAUUUGGGUGGCUUUAUCUGCAAAUGUUGAUUAUAUGCAAUUAAUUGCAUGUCAUUGCAAAAUUGCAUUAAAAAUGCAAAAUAACUAUUUUUAUUUGCAAGAUGCAACAUGAUGAGGUCGUGUGACAAAAAUGGCUUUUCCUACUGUUUAAAACGUUUAUGGUCGCAUAAUCUGUCUCACAUACUAUUUCUAAAAAAUAGCAAGCGGUAUAUAGUAGAAGUGUUCCUUUACGAAUAGCCACGGUCACAUGUGGCGAUGUGCCAGGGUCACAAGAGGCCCCCAAUUCAGAAAGGUCUCAAGCAAUGUCGUGCAUAAAUAUAGCCCCCUCAGCUUAUGGUUUAUUACGCCAGCCGUGUGAGCUAUUUGCUGUCUAAUGGACUAUAAGUUGCUGAGGUCAACACAUAGUUUAAGAUCCAGCAUAAAGCAGUGUUUCCUCAUUAUUGUCUAAUUACACUCAGUAGGCAUGGAGAGAGAUUGAUUGCAGUGUUAGCGAGGCAGGGGUAUCAAAGUCUAACGCUUAAAUCCAUAAUUGAAUUGGACCUUACGCAUACCCCUUCCCUCAAACACGUGCUUGCAACACGCACAAACAGGGCACCACUUUCCGCAACCGGUGAUAAAGCAUACAUUGUGUGGAUGAAGCUGCUGUUGUCUAAGGCUGUAUUCUAUGUGAUAUAUUUGGGAGCAAAAUGACAUUAAAAACAAAAAUCUUUUAUUAAUAGACAUGUCUCUAUGCCUCCU